AUGUCUUUCUCUUCUACACCCCGCAUUGGUGGCGCCUUCCAAGAUAUCUACAAUAGCCCUCACUACUCUGGCGCCGGCAGUGGCAGUGGCGCCGGCAGCGGCAGCGGUAACCAGAGCACGGUCUUCAAUCCGCCUCAGUUCCCUGCUCCAGCCGCGACAACUAUCAACACUUCGGUCGCUCCGAGUGUGAGGCAGCGUCUCAUCGAACUCCUUCAUCCGUUCCGGGGCGACUUUAUCAACUUCGUCGCUACUGAAGCCACAGUUCAUGAAAGGAAGGUCCUCACUCUCGCCGGGAACCUCGCUGCGAUCAUCCACCACAAGGAGGCUCAAUACUGCGAAGAGAUCAAGGCGAAUCAUGUCCACGUCUUGAGUCGCAAUCUUCAAGCCCUCAACGGUCAGGCGUGUAUCAGUAUCAUCGUUCAGGCAGGUGGCGUGGCACAUAAGGUCGUCAGUGUUGAGGUUGAGAACAGAGACACUGCCAUUGAUGCGCUCACCACCAAGGUGGAUAACAUGAUCGGAACUUUGUUCUUGGGAGCUUAG